UCUUUGUUCGGAUCCUGUUUCGUGGAGGCAAUCGACCUGUGGCCGUUGAAAAGUAAUGACAUCAACCGCCAGCGAAAGGGGGCGGCCAUAUUCAGAAGGAAGAGUAGCAUUGUGGGAUUGCCCAUUUUCAACAUGGCGGCGUCCAUGCAGGUUGUGUGGAGUUUAAUUCGUUGAAAAUUUAUUGGCCUAUUUGCGUCACUUUCUGAUGUGGCAUCACAGACACUAAACUCCUGUGGUUGAGAGUUGUAAGCACAGCAACCAGACCACAAUGCUGUUAGGAAGAGCAGCUGCUGCGGGUGCAUACAAACUUCUCUCACUUUCCCCUGGGAGUGUGUGUUGUGUACAAGUGAACACAAAGGCCAUGCUAGCAGGACGUUUGAACCAACCUAUGUUGUGGUGCUGGGGUAGGGCAUUAGGCAGAGAGAAAGGACAGUGUCUCAGUGUGCGUUUCAGGCAGGUGAGCAAUUACUCCAAGACCCAUAUUGACAAGAACAUCCUCAUCUAUCGCAACGAUGGCUUCACUUUCUUCCGUCUGGUGGGCCUCUUCGCUGUCGCCCAGCUAGGCUUCUGGUCCUAUCUGACCUACUCGGCGUUCACCUCCAUGACCGACUCUAGGAACUUUGAGCUGGUCAAGUACGGACCUGAGGGGGCACCUCCUGAGGAGAAGAACUGGACCUCGCUGUCAGGAAUACGGAUGAAGCUGCACUCUGGGGUUUGGAGAUACGCACUCACCAUGCUGUGUUUUGCUGUUGGUGGGUUAAUCUGCUUCGGGGCAUUGACAUACUCCAAGAAGUGCAUCCAUCGCAUUGUCCUGCGCAAAGGGGGCGACAGGGUCACCAUCAGCACCUUUGGCUUCUUCGGCCAGCCCUGGUCCUUCACCGUGCCCAUCGCCAAUGUCUCCUGCCGGCACUCCCGGCACGGGGUGCGGACCCAGCUGCCCAUAAAGGUCAAAGGGCACAGCUUCUUCUACCUGCUGGACAAGGAGGGCAAGCUGUACAACGCACCCCUCUUCGAUCAGACGGUGGGCAUGAGGAGAAUGCUGCUCUCCUGAGACUGCAGGGCCAGACAUGUCGGUUUCAACCGUUCCCAUGCAAAGGAAGGUGUACUCUUUGACCUUAUGAGGAGAGGGGAAAACCAGUCAUUUUUAGUGAUGAACAUCUGAAUGACAAUUGAUGUAUCUGGAAAGCUCAUUGGAGGUUGCUUGAGUCUUUAAGUUACAAGGUUAGGGGCUCACAGAAUGAUGGAUACUUGUCACAGGUGUACUUCCAAGUCAGGGAGUAGGGACCUCAACCUGGAGUGCGACGUGACCAAGUCUUGGUAGAGGCAGAAAAUCUGACAAAUGGGUGUACCAGUACAUUGACAGCAAGAAUCCACUUUCUGACACACUGAUUAAAGUCUUGUACACUUUAAACUGCAAAUCAUGUGAAAAAGAAUGAAUUAACUCACUUGUGGCCAUUUCAAGAGCCUACUCUGUGCAAACAAUUCACAAAACAAAUUUCAAUAAUGCAAAGUUUUUUUUUACAUAGAAAUAGUCCUGACGACCCUUUUUAUUUCAUUCACUCAGUUCCAUUAAAUUAUUACAAAAAACUGCUUACCGGUAACUUUGACAUGGUUUUGGUUUGUACAACAUGCUGAACAGUGACAGUAACAUAAUAAGUUGUUCAUUUUCCUACAGGUUGCUCUGUUAAUGAAACCGAGCCCACAUACAGUAGUGAUCUCUGUUCCAGUUUUUGUACAAAAUGUACCGGCUAAACAUGAAUAAUUUAAUUGUUAAAAUAUAUAGACACUUAGAGAACAGUUUUGCUGUUGGUAUCUUUAAAGUCAAACCAACCGAUCUGGGUGACUCAAGAUUCUUCAGGGUUACUCUUCAUCUAUCUUGAUUCUAACGCUAAAACUACAUGGUGAACUGAAUUUGCGAAAAAAAUAAAACUAGAUUCUGAAAAUUUAACUUGCAUCGUAAUAAGAGUUAAAAACAACGAGUCUUUUACAGCUGUAAUAUUUCCUGCUUUCAAUUAUAAUUCAAAGACACAGAUGUGCCCGCCAUGAAGUGUUAUUUUCUUUGAUAAAAACAUCAGGACCCUUUUUUGGGGGCCAUUACACCUGCAGUUCACUGGAACUAGGUUUAUUCCUGAUGAUGUGAGUAUAGAUUCCAUAAUAUGGAGUUGCAGAAAGUGAUGUGGUCCUAUUUACA